AACCUUGGCGGGGGACACCGACGAAGGCGCUCAAACCAACCGGCCCAACCAGCACAGUCCGCUGGUGCGCACGGCGUUGAAUAUGGGAGCCCGAAUCGUGGAGGACACAAUCGAAUGAACCGAAACAUGAUGCGACAGGCCCAGCGAAUGCAGGCCCAGUUGCAGAAAAUCCAGGAAGAACUGGAAACCAUGACCGUUGAGGGCAGCGCCGGCGGCGGCGUGGUCAAGGUGGUCAUGACCGGCAAGCAGGUGGUGGAGUCGGUUACCAUCGAACCCGAAGCGGCAGAGGAUGUGGAACUGCUGCAGGACCUGGUAGUGGCGGCCUUCAACGAUGCCACCAACAAGACCCAGGAACUUGCCGCCAGCAAGAUGAGCGCCAUCACCGGCGGCAUGAACAUUCCAGGCUUGACCUAA